AUGCUACCUAAAAUUUCUUUGACUCUGCCUCGCUGUGUAGAGUCUGUCAUUGCUGGUGACGGGGGAUCUUCCAGUGCUGUUCAUAGCAAAUUCUGUUUGUUCAACACACUUGAAAUUGUAACAAUCUCACAUUUUUGUGAUAAGGAAUCUGUAAAUAUAUGCAUCUAUGAAAAUAAUAUUUUAUUGCAUUUCAGUUUUAAAGCUAUUGUGGAUUAUAUUGAUACUCAGUUUGAAAUGUUUCUGCAAGAAGAAUUAAAAAUUAAAAGAUCUCUUGUAACCUAUCAUGAUACCAGAAUUCAUACAUGUUUGUAUUUCAUCAGUCCAACUGGGCAUGGCUUGAAAUCCAUAGAUUUAGUAUGCAUGAAAAAACUGGAUAGCAAAGUGAACAUUAUUCCUAUUAUAGCCAAAGCUGACACAAUAUCAAAAGUAGAGCUGCAGCGAUUUAAGAUAAAAAUAAUGAGUGAAUUGGUAAGCAAUGGAGUCCAGAUUUAUCAGUUUCCUACUGAUGAUGAUACAAUAGCAGAAAUCAACUCAGCAAUGAAUGCUCUUCUACCAUUUGCUGUCGUUGGUAGCACUGAUUUUGUUCGAGUUGGUAAUAAAGCAGUAAGAGGAAGGCAGUAUCCAUGGGGAACAGUAAUUGUUGAGAAUGAAAACCAUUGUGAUUUUGUGAAGCUGCGUGAAAUGCUAAUCAGAACUAACAUGGAGGACAUGAGAGAACAGACUCACCAGAGGCAUUAUGAAUUGUAUAGAAGAAUGCGUUUAGAGCAAAUGGGUUUUUCUGAUGUUGGAGCUGACAACAAGCCUAUCAGUUUUCAAGAAACGUAUGAACAAAAAAGACAGGAGCAUCUUCAGGAAUUGCAGAGAAAGGAAGAAGAGAUACGGCAGAUGUUUGUUGAAAGGGUAAAAGAAAAAGAAACAGAACUGAAAGAUGCAGAAAAAGAGCUGCAUUCAAAAUUUGAUGCUCUCAAGAAGCAGCAUGCUGAAGAGAAGAAAAAACUGGAAGAAGAUAGAAAAAAACUAGAUGAAGAAAUAAAUAAUUUAAACAAAAGAAAAGCUGCAGUGCAGCAAGUACAGACUCAGGCUCCAUUUCAAUCUCUUACUUUAGGUAAAAGUAAGAAAAAAUAGUUUUAUUUUGUCAUCUGUUAUUGAGGCUGAAUAAAUUAUGUGCCUGUGCAUUAGGAGUUGUGCGCUUUAAUCUGAUUGUGACUUACUACUCAUAUAAAUCUUUGUAGAACUGUAACUUGUUUGUAUAUGCUGUGUGUCAUUACUGUAUUGAAUCACAAGUGUAAUGCAUUUUUUGUGAAUUUGUGAAUAUAUUUUCAUUUGUUUCUUAGUUUAUUGUGGACAGUUUCUCCAAGUUGCUUUUGCAUUUAAAGCUUAUAAAUCUGUAAUAUUCAAGAGCACUUUCACAGCUGAAUAUUUAUGAAGUGUAAUUUUAUAUUUUUCAUUCAUUUUAUCAAUAAAUUAGUAUUAAAGACA